ACAGUGGAGUCAUGACCCAAUGUAAUGGGUACUCUGGGCGGGCAUACAGUCUCGCUCCAACGCCGAAUAGAGAGUGCGCCUUAUAAACACCAAGGGCACGCUGAACCCGCAGUCCCCAUGUGAUUGGGCAUUUGUGUUUUACAGUCCCUCUCCUGGGUGAGACUCAACCAUCUCUUCAACUAACCAGCCCGCAUGUUUUUCACAUCGCGCCUCUGGUCAAGGUUGCGCUUGGAAAAGCGGACUGCAAACUACCCUUGCAUUCUUGGUCGAGUGACAGGAACCCCUAGGCUCUCACAGCUGAUCUUUCUGGGGAAGCUUGUUGAGAACGGCCAUGCGUUCAAUUUCCAUUUGCGAGGGUGCGGCUGUGCUUCCUCCGCAUCUUUGGAGAGUGUCUCCUUGCAGACGGGCCCGAUCGGUUCCUGCAGGUGCCACAGACCCUGCGGGGCGAUGCGGGAUGAAGUCAACGUCUUUGCGUUUACCUUCUCCCAUCGAGUUCCUGGCGAUACGCUGCGGCUUUGUCCCUCCAAAUCGGUUACUCGAUCCCCCAUGAAAAAUAUCCGGCUGGGUCGUCUUCGCCAACACCCCUCAACAUCAAAAUAUUUUCCGAACGCUAGCAGCGGCUUGGUCGUCAGACUUUUGUUUUCUAAAUGUUCCGGCUUGGGAUUGCUUCCAUUUGGGAAGCGCCUACUUGAAUCACGGAAUGGACGCGGGUUGCUGCAAGGAUCUCCGUUCCUGGAACAUGUCGGUCGGAGCCUCGUCUCCUGCCAUGUCUCAUGUUGCAUUUUACCCGCGACCCUACUUACGUCUGCAUGCCCUCUCACGGCGGCGCGCUGAAUAGCCACGCCGAUUCUUAUGGGUGCAUUUCAAACAGCAUCAGCCGGCUCGCCGCUGGCACAAAGUCGAUCAUGUCUACCGUCAGCGAGCACCGCUCUGGGCGAUAUGCGUCGUUGCUUCCUCCUUCCCACACCCUUUCGGCU